AUGGCAAGUGAUCAGAUUAGUGAGUUGCCUGACUCCUUGUUUGAACAUAUUCUGUCUUUUCUUCCAACCAAACAAGCCAUCACCACAUGCCUCUCCUCCAAGAGGUGGAGCCAUCUCCGGUGGUCACUGCCCAUUCUUGACGUGGACGACUUCAAUUUCCAUAGCCUUCACUCUUUUCUUCAGUACGUAGAUACAAUCAUGAGCAUGAGAGAUCAUUCCGAAACCCUAAGAAAGUUUCAUCUCUUUCUCAGAUCUACAAAUGGAAACGUGCCACGUGUGAAGAUUAACAAUUGGAUUAACACAGCAGUAGAUUCCAAAGUCGAACACGUUGAGAUUUAUGAUAAAACUCUUAACAAGUUCAGCAUUGAAAUACCGCCUUGCAUUUUCAACUGCAAUACCAUCAGCAUUUUAAAGCUAAGUGGAGUUAAAGUGACGGCUCCUUCUUUUAUUCAUUUGCCUUCACUUAAAGUCUUGCACUUGAGCAAGGUUAUAUUUCCAAAUAUCAAAUUCAUUUACAAUCUUCUUUACGGCUGCCCUUUGCUUCAAGACUUGGCACUAAAAUUCUGCGGCACAACUGAUGGGUAUUCGGUUGUACCAAUAAAUAAAGGGAGCCUUAAAAAUUUGGUUUCAGCUGAUGUUUAUGACUAUCCAUUUACUUUGGAAACUUUGUCAAACGUAAGAGCACUGCGGAUUGAUACGAUUGGUUUUUCAAGUCGCCUUCAUCCUGCCACAUUUUAUAAUUUAAUCCACAUGGAAAUAAGAUAUUAUUCACCAGAUUUCUCGCAUAUAACAAUAUUGGAAUGCUUGCAAAACUUCCCCAAGCUUGAAACUCUUAUAAUUAUUGAGUUUAAUGGUACAGAAUGGUUGGGAGAGAGCGUUCCAGAAUGUGUUUCAUCGCACUUGAAGGAAUUCCAUCUUGGAAACUACAGAGGCCUUUACAAUGAAUUGGAACUUGCAAGAUUUAUAAUGAAGAAUGCAAGCUUCUUGAACAUCAUCUCAAUUCGUGGACAUGUUACAUUAACAGAAAAUUCAAAACAAGAAAUGCUUCAAAGAUUAUCCUCUUGUCCUAAAAGCUCCGUGAAUUGCAGGCUUUUGUUCGAGUGA